CCCACCCACACACACACGACAGGACUGCCAGCAUUUUUGUCAAAAACAUUUGACCGCAGCAUAGUACUCAGGUGAUGGCUUGGUAGAGGAGACAGAGUUACUCAGAACCAGUCCCAGACCGUAAUGGUUAGUAUUAGGAUGAGCUGAAUGAACGUGGUCUGAGCUACAGGACCAGAGGAGGACAUAGGGCCCUUGAAGAGAAACCCCAGGAGUAACAAGGCUGUGGAGACAGUCACACAGGUGAGUGUAUGGGACUAAGUUUAAUACAUCUUGGCAAUGGCCAACCAUCAGACUAGUAGUAGCUUUAUUUAUUUGUAUUAUCGUUGCUGGUUGUUUUCAUAGUUUAAUAAUACAAUGUCUUAAUUUAAAUAGUUUAAAAUUAUCUCUUACUGAAAAGUACAUUGUCUUAUUUCUCUCCCCCCACAGCCCUGCUAUGGGUGCUCAACAAGAUAAAAUGUACUGCACCAGGUACCUGGAUGGACAGGGACCCCCAGCACUGAUAGACCAAGGUAUACUACCAGGAUAUUCUUUCUCUCUCUCUCUCUCUCUCUCUCUCUCUCUCUCUCUCUCUCUCUCUCUCUCUCUCUCUCUCUCUCUCUCUCUCUCUCUCUCUCUCUCUCUCUCUCUCUCUCUCUCUCUCUCUCUCUCUCUCUCUCUCUCUCUCUCUCUCUCUCUCUCAUAUCCCUUUCUUUGCCUCUCUAAUGCUUAAGAAUGAACCUACCUGGUUGUGUGUGUCUGCCCCCAGCUAAUGGGGACGUGAAGGGGAGCUAUGCUGAGGUGUCCGAGGGCAGCCAGCCAGAGGGGCAGAUGACAUGGGUCAUUCUACACAGAGACCUCCCUGGAUACCCAGGGGACAACACCAUACAGAUCAAUUAUGUUUUUGCAGAUGGAAUGCAAACAGUAAGUUAGUUAGUGUUUAAAAAAAAAAAGGCUUCAGUACUUAGCAUGUAGUUAUUAUACAGAAUAGCAUACAUCAUAUAGCCUGGUCCCAGAUCUGUUUGUACUCUUGCCAACUCCAUUGCUGUCUUUGUCAAGCCAAACAUGACAAUGAGUGACAGGAGGAGUUGGCAUGAUAGCACAAACAAACUGGCACUCAGGCUAUCAUAUCAUAUAGUUCAAAUUCAAGUUCAAGUUUGAAGUGUAUUUGAAGUGUAUUUUACUCCCUAUAUUCUAAGUGUGUUUCACUUCUGAGUGUUCUGAGAAAAGAGAAUCACAUUCUACAGGUGCUUAUAGAGAGUCUGGUGACAUUCUGUCCUGUUGAUGUGAUGAUAAGGUAAAUCAGGUUAGGCUAGUCACUAGUCUAAUUGAGAUGUUGCAUACCACAGCGGAGGAAGCACAGAAUGGAUGGUGUAAUGCAAUCACUACAAGUGAGCAACUAGCAUGAAGGAAAUCAAAUAUCUUUGAACGUAUUCAGAACAGGUGCACCCACUGGGCAAAAACUGGUUGAAUCAGUGUUCUUUCCAUGUCAUUUCAACAAAAAAAAGUCAAUGUGAUGAUGUUGAAUCAAUGUGGAAAACUGAUUAGAUUUGCAAAAAGUCAUCAAUAUAAGGGAAUUUUGUAUUUUUUUCACCCAACUUUUAACCUUUCACGUUGAAUUCAUGUUAGUUUAUAAUGGAAAGGAACAAACACGACCGGUUACAUUUACAUUUACAUUUACGUCAUUUAGCAGACGCUCUUAUCCAGAGCGACGGUUACCCGGCUUUAACUUUACCACUGAUAAAUAGGGAAAACAUCAAACAGACAGGAGCGUACAUAGAAUUGCAUCUCAGAUUUUAGACUGGAAGAACAGUCAUUCAUGCCAGCUAUUUGCUAGUCAGAGCCAGCCCUAGCCCUUUUUUUUUUGGGGGGGGGGGGUUCUACAUUGAACCCAAAUAGUUCUACCUGGAACCAAAAGUGUUCUACCUGGAACCAAAAAGGGUUCUUCAAAGUGUUCUCCUACAGGGACAGCCAAAGAACACUUUUAGGUUCUAGAUAGCACCUUUUUUUCUAAGAGUGUAGCGGCCAGCUAUCUAAACUUGGUCGAAUUACCAACCGGGGUGGAACCCAUUGAUCAUCAGUUAUCAUAUUAAAAACGGCAAACAUUUGCCUCCAACCUAUGGCAAAAUGUGUAGAUUUGCAGGAAAUUACCCAUAAAACUGCAUAUUUAUGUCUCCGCCCCAUGCCAAAAUGAGUAAAAUUCCAUAAAAUGAGUUAUAAAAUUGCUAAAUAUUCUCUCCGUCCCAUGGCAAAAUGUGCAGAAUUGUCACGAGGAGGGACACUAAAAUGUUUUGCUCACAGGGCUUAAGUCAUCCCUGACAAAAACCAUGUUAAUAUGUUGAUAUCUGAGUGAGAGUGUGGGCCCCAUAGAAGUCAGGGCCCCUGGGCACGUGACCUGCGUGCCCAGUCGGUAAUUCGACCAUGAUUACUACACGUUUUUUGGGUUAGGGGUCCCCUAGCAGGCGCACGCACGGCCGUAAGCGGUCGCUUAUGUCGCUUAGUGGAUAGGUCCUGUCCUGCUGCCAGUUCACAGAUCCAUUAUUAUUUGGGAUUAACUCAGAUAUUCUGAUUUUACAGGACAAGCAUCCCAAUCCAGGCCAGACGUUUUUGGGAAUGAGGACAUUGGCGUAUUUGCCCGACAACCGCGAUGGAAGGAGGAUCCUGAGGCUAUUGGAUAAGGCCUUCUACCAGAGACUGGUCUUUACUGUAGCAACCAAUGAGAAUGGAGAGAAUAUGGUCACAUGGGCAGAUAUACCCCAUAAAACAACCCCUGAGGCAGGAAAAGACAGGUAAGUGCUGGAUGUGUGUUCUACAGAGCAAUAGAAGAAGGCAAAGUUCCUAUGUUAGCGGAGACUGCAUUCACAGUAAACCCUCCAUAUGUCGUCUCAAUCGGAAAUUACUUUUACAUUUAAAUCAUGUUAGAACACUGAACUUUGGCGAUACAGAUUGAAUCAAGCCCUAAAUUAUUAAUUUUUGUAAUACUCGCUAUUAUGUCUGUCUAUGUAACCUGUCUGACCCAGUGUUUCAUCUAUAUUAACUCUUUAUCUAUAUACACAAUUUCUUUUUGUGAUAGAUAUUAAUUUGUAUUUCUGAUAAUUCAGUGACAGCUAUCCAGACCCAGACUACCUGAAGACAGUGAGGAAAAUACUGAAAGACAAAGGCAUCGAAUGAGAGGCGACUAUGAACCAGUCAGCAUCAGUUAUCAACACUGUCAACAUCAACAGUAAUGUCUGAAAGGUGAUGAAUGCUCUGUCGUAGCCUACAGGUCCUGGUAUACAAUUAGACCUCUACAGCAGGUUUACAUACAAGUUUAUUAGCUGCUAUAAUGUAUCGUGUGGGUUUUGUUUCUUGAAAGCUUUGAUAAUAUAUUUGUAUUUUAGAUUACAGUGUCCUUGCUUGCAAUGUACAAUAAACAGCUGUUUGCUGUACACUCCCUCUUGUGGUUGUUUAUGUCUCUACACUCACCGUGUUUCCCUCCAAAACCAGCUCAUAGGCACCUUGUUCCCUACGUAGUGCACUACUUUUGACCAGGGCCCUAUCCCAAAUGGCACUCUGUUUCCUAUAUAUUGACUACUUAUAUUGAAUAGGGGGUGUGUUCUUCAGGACAUAGUAGUCUGACAUAUGUCGGUGGUUCCAUAAAGAUAAUAGCGUUCAUUUGAAAACGAAGGUUUGUCAUAUAUCCACACACCAGUCUCUCCAAACCACACAAAUUACUUUUAAGCACAGGAUGCUUCCCAACCUUUGUCUACCUCCCUGCAACAACACCCUAAGCCCUAGCCCAUUUUCCUGAGAAAAGGUUUACCCUCUUAUAGUUAUUAUUUUUCUCAUCCCCUUCCUUCCUGCUGGUCUAGCGUGUUAUUGGUCCAGAUUGCCGAGUGUGAACUUUCCCAGGGUGAUGGCAAGGCCCUCUGUUCUUUUCAAACUGAAUUACAGCCUGGGCUUCAUACAGACAAUAAAGUCUAAUCUCAUUGGCUGGUCCCAUUAGGGAGGUGUCUGUCAUCCAGGGGCGCCUCUUAAACCACUUUCUCCUGGACGUUUCACAGCAGAGUCAUCCGUCCCAACUGUCAGGGUCUGGAGCUGGAGCCACAGCCACUGCAACGACAGCUAUCAAAUCUGUCUCACUGAAGCACUCAAGUCCCCCCUCCCCUGCACCUCGCAGGCUCGUAUCCUCCAGCACAUUCUGGCCCCCAUCGUCGCCACUUCCCCUGUCAUCAGAAGCCUCCUUUCUCUGUUUUUCUUAGAGAGACCCAUGAGGAAAAAAGAUGACUUGAUUCUCAGUGUGUGUGUGUGUGUGUGUGUGUGUGUGUGUGUGUGUGUGUGUGUGUGUGUGUGUGUGUGUGUGUGUGUGUGUGUGCGUGCGUGCGUGUGCGUGUGUCUGCAAGAGAGAGAGAGAGAGAGAGAGAGAGAGAGAGAGAGAGAGAGAGAGAGAGAGAGAGAGAGAGAGAGAGAGAGAGAGAAAGAGAUUGUGUAUGUGAGUGAUUGUGUCUCUGUCUCUGUUAGCAGUGUUUUGUAUGUCCCUUUGUGACACAGGCAGCCCUGUGUGUAGUUAGUCUUAACUUCGUCCGACUGUACUGUACUUCCCCAGGCAAAGUCAAUGAAGGGUAGAUAUGAUCAGAAAUCAUUGACAAAUAAUGACUACCCAUUAGGCUAAAGCCAAAAAAUACAUUUUUAUCGGCCAUAGAAAGCUUGAAUUCUCAGCAGAAAUCUUUUCUCUCUUUUCCUUUUUUCCUCCUAUUUCUCUUCCUCUCCUCUAUCUGAAUAAGUCCCAAAUGGCACCCUAUUCCCUCUAUACCCUACAUAGUGCACUACUUUUGACCAGAGCUCUAUGGGCCCGAUUCAAACCAGAGUUAAGCGCUCCUAAAUGGAACAUAAUUAUAUUUUUAUGCACUUUUCUCUCUAUGCGUAUUCUGACCAACUUAAGCAUGAGAAUAGCAUGCUAUUCACCCGCUAUUCGUUUGGGGAGGAGAUCGAGUAAAUUAAUGUGUGGCGGAGGUAUAUUUAUAGAUACGCCGUGUUCUGACAUUCACUUAAUUCCCUAAUAAUUCCACCACCUUUAUGCGCAAGGAAACUAUGAAUAAGGUCCAGCGAACCUUCCGGUUCCAAGUGGAAAAAGCAUGUACUUAAUUUUUUUUAGAUAGAAAUAACACCAUUCUCCAUGCACUGUAAUUUAUAACUUGAUAAGAGCUAUUGAUAAGAGCUAGGUAAAUUAGUAAUCCGUUUGGGUAAAGGAAUUGUAAAUAUAAAUUAAUCUUGUUUUGAAUAUAGUAAGGAACUUGUCUGUCGGCCCUGCAUUAAAGAACAUAAUUGGCUAAAAAAAAUUGUGAUAUGUAAAAAAGUAUACCAGUUUCAUUUAAGGACCAAAGGAUUGACAGCCGUCCCAUAUACGUAGAUUGCAAAAUAGUUGGGAAGAGAUUUUUGACGUACCGAUUCCAUGGCACAGUUUUAUGAACUGAUACGUAAAACGACGCCGGAUUCAAAACUUAUUUUCUAUACUUUUUCUACCAAUAGAAUGUUAUUUAUAUGGGGGAUACAACCUUCCCAGCUCUGCAGAUUUUGCUGCGAAGAAACAGAAUCAUUAGAUCAUUUGUUUUGGUACUGUCCAUUUGUAGCUUGUUUUUGGACACAGGUUCAGGAAUGGCUAAAGGAUUGCAAUAUUUACUUUUAGCAAAAAUGUUCAUUUUCAAUUUACAAUCUGUAGAAACAAUGAGAAUAGAAGGGUUAAGAACUUUUGUAAGACAUCACAGUACAGUUGAAAAAUAUAUGGCAAAUAGAAAUCCUAUAUGGAUGGUGUUGAAUGGAGUUGAAGGAUGGGACUAAUAACUAACAACAAUUAAUAACAACAAGAUAACUAAUAUAAAGCAUACUGUGCCCAUAAUAAGUAUAUAGGUUAUAGGUUGAGGACUUCUGUGAAAGAGCAUAGUUAGAAAGAUAUGGUAUAUAGAAGCAAACCAGAUGGACAUCAUGAAAAUGAUCGGAGAGGUUGAGGGUAGAGGAAGUUCAGGAGUAAAAACAAACACCUUCGAUGGCCACUGGCAUGCUGGAGAAGUGUGCUCUUCACGGCUGAAUCCCGGUUUCAACUGAAUGGCGUCGUGUGGGGUUUGCUGAUGUCAACACUGAAUGGAGUGCCCCAUGGUGACUGUGGGGUUAUGGUAUUGGCAGGCAUAAUCUACGGACAAUGAACACAAUUGCAUUUUAUUGAUGGCAAUUUGAAUGCACAGAGAUACCACGAUGAGAUCCUGAGGCCAUUGUAGUGCCAUUCAUCUGCCGCCAUCACCUCAUGGUUCAGCAUGAUAAUGCACGGCCCAAUGUUGCAACGAUCUGUACACAAUUCCUGGAAGCUGAAAAUGUCCCAUUUCUUCCUUGGCCUGCAUACUCACCAGACAUGUCACCCAUUGAGCAUGUUUGGGAUUCUCUGGAUUUACUUGUACAACAACGUAUUCCAGUUCCCGCCAAUAUCUAGCAACUUUGCACAGCCAUUGAAGGAGUGGGACAACAUUCCACAGGCCACAAUCAACAGCCUGAUCAACUCUAUGCAAAGGAGAUGUGUCGCGCUGCAUGAGGCAAAUGGUGGUCACACCAGAUAUUGACUGGUUUUCUGAUCCACGCCCCUACUUUUUUUUAAAGGAUUUCACACGACUGUAUUCCCAGUCGUGUGAAAUCCAUAGAUAAGGGAUUGAUGAAUUUAUUUCAGUUGACUGAUUACCUUGUAUGAACUGUAACUCAGUAAACUCUUUGAAAUUGUUGCAUGUUGCGUUUAUAUUUUUGUUCAGUGUAGAUGGCUUUCUUUCAUUGAUCCCUAAUAUUCUGAACCUGUUCCCUCGAUAUAUUCUAGUGAGUCUGUAGACAAAAUUCUAACUAUAUGAAAAGCACACUGUAUUUAAAGGGAUGGCUUAAGAUAAAUGUACUGAAAACCCUAUUCAAUGAAAACUCCACGAGAAAAUCUGUUGGCCAGCAAGUGGGAGGGUUUUCAGCAGGUGAAUGAAGGUAGACUGAGUCUGAAUACCAACAACUGAGAAUUGCAUAGGAAAGGCAUAAAUUCCUAAGUCGGAAUUCCAUAUGGGAAUAGGUGCCAUUUGGGAUGCAACCAAUGUCUCUCUGUACUAAGCGUUGUACAGUUCCCUUGUUAGUGGUGAUGAAUGGGCUGUGGAGCUGGUUUCAUUAGGGUCUUUAAUUUGAACCACAAUUAGACCCAAUCCCUUUUAGAAGACAAAGCAGAUUCACAGACAGUUCAUUAAAAGACAUGGACCACAAACACUGAUGAUGGAUGCCUCUGGUCUCACUGGCCUGGGUCUCUCAGUCUGGGCCUUGUUCACAGUUUACUAAACUGAACCCCCACGAGGCAUCUUUUCCCUCUUUCCUCUGUAGCCCUCACACUGGCAGAGACAUGGUGGUGAUUUUAAUAGAAAAAUAAGGUAAAAGGAAACAGUUAAUUUCUAUGUAAAAGUGUUGAUGUUGGAAAUACACACGUUUCUCAUACAAUAGUGAUAAUUAUGUCACAUCGUUAAGAGAAAUUACACAAUAAUCUUCAGAUAAAGUCAAAGUGAAUAUAAAACGCUGUUUGGUUAGUGUGAUUAGUGUGGAGUGUGAUUAGCUGGCACCAUGGGAGCAGAUCUAAUAUUUUAGUUAUCUUAUCAGACAAUAGGGUCUCUGUAGCUCAAUGGUCCUCUGUAGCUCAAUUGGUAGAGCAUGGCGCUUGUAAUGCCAGGGUAGUGGGUUCGAUCCCUGGGACCACCCAUAUGUAAAAAAUGUAUGUGCACAUGACUGUAAGUUGCUUUGGAUAAAAGCGUCUGCUAAAUGGCAUAUUAUCUUUAUAAAGUUUGGCGAUGGUCAAGUUGUUUACAGAACUGAGUCAGUGGGGGCAAACCCAUUAUUCUAAACAAAUACCUCCAGACAAACAUGCAAUCAGUAGCUGUGUGCAUUAUUGAUCAGAGAUAGAGAGGAGGGAGUAAUGAAGCUAUGCCCUGUGUCCAGGGUUUUGGAGUGAGAAAAGAAGAAGAAGAAGAAGAAGAAGAAGAAGAAGAAGAAGAGAAGAAGAAGAAGAAGAAGAAGAAGAAGAGAAGAAGAAGAAAGAAGAAGAAGAAGAAGAAGAAGAAGAAGAAGAAGAAGAAGAAGAAGAAGAAGAAGAAGAAGAAGAAGAAGAAGAAGAAGAAGAAGAAGAAGAAGAAGAAGAAGAAGAAGAAGAAGAAGAAGAAGAAGAAGAAGAAGAAGAAGAAGAAGAAGAAUAAGUUU